CAGCAGCCGAGCUCGCUUCCAUUGGCUCCCCCGGAGAGGGCCGGAAACAGCCCGGUUAGGACUGAGCCACGGCGGUGGCGCCUCUCCUGAGGAAGGCGGCGGAGGGCUUUGUUUGCGACGACGGCGAGAGGCCGCCCGACGGCCAGCAUGGGCGAGCAGCUGCAGGGUGCCGCGAGGCGGGACAGCCCCGGCUGGGGGAGCAACGAGGUUUUCCUUCUUGACUCACAGUAUGUAGCACCAACUGUUGCCUUUCUGCAAGAACUACCCAGUUACCAGUCUAUGUUGAGGAGGAGAACUUCAGCUGGAGGAUUGCGGGACUACCGCAGCUUAGCACGGACAGCUUCUGGCGAGACCAGCAGUCUCCUAGAAAGGGUUGGACCAGGAAGCCCAGGCUCUGCACAGCCGCUGAGAGAAUAUGCCUUAACUAUUGCAGAGAAGAGAAGAUUAAGGGAAAUUCAGGCGGCUAACAUAAGAUACCUGUCAGGUUGGCAUCAGUGGAGGCAGAUAAGUAGCAAAUCAUGGAAAAAAAUUGUAGAGGAUACCAGAGAACUGUCAUCUUACUUUGAACUUUGGGGACAUGACAUCCGCAGUAUUGAGGGGAAGUUUGGCACUGGGAUCCAGUCUUACUUUUCCUUUCUACGAUUCCUCGUGAUCCUGAACGUUGUGAUCUUUCUCCUUGUGUUCACCUUUAUCACCCUUCCUAGUGCCUUUUACAAACAUGGAACGGUCAAUGGCAGCUACGUUCAGCUUCCCCUGAAGAGCAUAGAGCAUCACUGCACAGUUUAUGUUGUCAGUGGUACCAAGGGACUUAUUUACUUCUACAGUUACGUUAUAGAUCUGCUGACUGGCACAGGCUUUCUGGAAAUGACUAGUCUCUUUUAUGGCUAUUACACAGUAGAUACCAUCUAUUUUGGCCUCCUGAAAUACCAUGUGCCACUUGCCUAUUUGCUGACCACGCUGGGUUACCUUUCAUUAAGCUUUCUCUGGAUCGUGAAAAGAUCUGUCGAUGGAUUCAAACAAAGCUUGGUACGCAACGACGAUCAGUUUCAGAGUUACUGCAACAAAAUAUUUGCUGGCUGGGAUUUCUGUAUCACAGAUGUAAAUGCUGCACGGCUCAAGCAUAGCAGCUUGCACUAUGAGCUUAAAACUGACUUGGAGGAAGAGAGACUAAGGCAGAAGGUCGCAGAAAGGACCACCAGAGAGAAAAUACGCAUCUAUUGCUUGAGAAUAUUCCUAAACUGCAUUGUCCUAGCUGUUUUGUCAGCUUGCUUUUAUUCUAUCUAUAGAGCAACAGUCUACUCACAAGAAAACAUUUCCAAUGACCACAAACCAAGAUUUGAUGAUAACCUCAUAGUACAGUACUUACCUUCCAUGGUGAUUACGAUGGCCAACUUUAUUGCCCCAUUAAUUUUUUCAGUUCUCAUCAAAUUUGAAGACUACUCACCAGCCUUUGAAAUCCGGUUAACGCUAAUGAGGUGUGUCUUUGUGAGGCUGGCCAACAUUGGUGUUCUCUUGUUCUCACUGUGGACUCGAAUCAGGUCCUGUACUAAUGCAAAAUGCAUGGCCUGUGGAUACAACUAUCAGCUCUACCCUUGCUGGGAAUCUCGAGUUGGCCAGGAAAUGUAUAAGCUGAUGAUCUUUGACUUCAUCAUAAUAUUUGCUAUUACGGUCUUUAUUGACUUUCCAAGAAAGUUGAUGGUUACCUAUUGCUCAUCUAAGGCCUUCCGGUGGUGUGGUCUGCAGGAGUUUGCCAUCCCUGACAACGUGCUGGAAAUUGUUUAUGGGCAAACUAUCUGUUGGAUUGGGACUUUCUAUUGUCCUCUUCUCCCUGCCAUCGCAGCAGUAAAAUAUUUUGUCGUCUUUUACAUUAAAAAGAUUAGUCUGAUGCAUACAUGCAAGCCUUCAACGCGGCCCUUCAGAGCGUCCAGCUCCAACUUUUUCUUCCUGGUGGUGCUCUUGAUUGGCCUCAUUCUAGCUUUCAUUCCGUUGGGACUCAGCAUGACGCACAUUCCCUCCUCAAAAGCAUGUGGGCCUUUUGUGAAUGUUAACCGUUCGUGGGAUGUCAUAGAACAUACGGCGCAUCAUUUUCCACCAGUAUUGCAGAAGGUUCUGAAUGGCAUUGUGUCAGAAGCAUUUGCAGUGCCUUUCUUUAUGGUGGUCUGCCUUAUUAUGUUUUAUUUCAUUGCCUUGGCUGGAGCACAUAAACGAGUUGUUAAUCAACUCAGGGAACAAUUAGUUAUGGAGAGUCGUGACAAGCUCUUCCUGAUCAGGAAGCUGACUGAAGCUCAGAGACUUAGCUGAGGUGCCUUUUCAUGCCUGCUGCCUUUGGAGUCGUUUUUUUGGAGCUGCUGUUUAGGGGAUGCUAAAAAGAGAAAAACUCUAGUGCCUUGAACCUUGAGCCAAGUGACUUGGAACUUCACCCUUGGACCAGUUUGACUUGCAGUAGAUGUGGGCCUCCUACAGCUGUUCCAAUAUCUGUGUCCGGAUCCGGGGCUGGUGUGCAUACGUGAGUUGUUGAUCAACUCAGGGAGCCAUUUAUCAUGUUGACCUGUUAGGCUUUUCAUUGAGCAUGGACCCCGUUUAUACAGGAUUUCUGUAUUUCUGUUUGUGCAGAAUUGACUCUUAAAAAUCGUGCUCAGAAUCUCUACUAUUGUAGAGGUCUUUGUGAGGUUGUAUCUUUAUUUUCAUUGUUUACACUUUAAGCCUCUGUUUUUCAUGGGUGUUUUAAAACUGUUGUGAACUGCCUUCCCUGUCUUAACCAGGAAGCUCUUUGUAAAAGGUUCUCAGUGUUGUUUUCAAUGCCAUUCCUUUUUUAUUUUUUAAAAAAUCAACUUUUAUUUAUCAGUUUUACUUAAUAACAUGUAAGUACAUCAUUCCUAAUGGUAACUGCCUGGGUCUGUGCUGGUUCAGUCAUAUAGCAGAGUGUAUGCAGUGAAAUGUAGUCCUUCUAGUCUUCUUUGAUGGAGAGGCUUGGUUGAUUACCUGUUCAGAACUCAGUAUGUGCUUGAGGAAGGGAAGAUACAUUACCUGUCUUCAAGUACAACCCCCUCCCCCCAAAAAAAAUAUGUGUUAGGGCAAUUAUCUCUGCUGCCCCAAAUCUUCCUGAAGACUUGGCUGGGUAUAACCUAGGCAUGUAUUGUGCUUCAACCCAGAAUUUGACUUCUGUUGAUUUACUCUGCCAGAUAGUUGGAUUUUGCAUACUAGAUAAGAACGGCUUUAUGCUGAAGCCUAUAUACGUGUCCCAACUAUAUACUUUCUUUUGUUUUAAUUGCUGCUUUAGGAGAGCUGUGACAAACUCUUCCUAAUCAAAAAGCCAAUGGAACCUCAGAGGCAUAGCUGUGAAGCCCUGCCCAUAGGUGCCCAUGGUUCAUGCGGUCCAUGGCCAUCUAUAGAAACCGCUUAAAUCCAGGGUUGGAAAGUUGUGGUCCUCCAGACGUUGUUAAGACUACAGUUCCCAACAUCCCUGGCUGUUGGUCUUGCUGCGUGGGGCUGAUGGGAAUUGGAGUCCAACAUCUGGAAGGCCACAGGUUCCUUACUCCUGCUGUAUUCACUGGGUAUAAAUAUAAGCGGCAAGGGACAGAAAAAUGCUGAUAGCAUUAUGCUUCAAAACGAAUGUGUAGAUGCUCAAGUCAUUAAGUUGAAACAAAAAGAUUUUCUGGAAUGAGAUGGGGGUGGAAGAAAGGACGUAUUGAGGUAGGUUUGUAACUAUAUAGUUACUCAGAAUCCUCAGAAACCUUGGUUUUUCAAAUUGUAGAAGGGUCAGACUAUCAGGUAACAGCCAGAUCUCUGGCUGGAGUUAAUUGCUGUGUUGAAAUAGAAGCCAAGGGUUUGCUAAUCUUUGGCCCUUAUUAAGUAGCCAUGUUUUCUUACUCUAUUUCCGUUUUGGAUAAGCAUUAAUUGUUGCAUUAAAUGUCACACUUAAGAGGUACUUAAAAACAAAGAAAGA